CCGUCCUUCUAUUGCAGUCUACAAUGAGUUCUUCGGAACCUUCAGGAUUUCGUGGCGCGCCUGUGACGAAGCUAUUAGUCACCACGGUUGGAACUUGUUCGGCGCUUUCGGUUUUCCUAAAUGCACGUUUCGACGUUUCUCUGCAUCAACUUGUUCAGCACCAUCAAUUGUGGCGAUUAGCCGCCUCUCCGUGGGCUUUUCCUACUAUUGGUACGGCUGCUGUCGGCACAUGGCUCAUCUACAAAAUGCGCAUCAUUGAACGUCGCUUUGGCUCGUCCAAAUACUCGGCCUUUAUCUUUGUAUGCAUUGUGUUCUCCACUUUGCUGCAAGUUGGGAGCCUUUCCAUGGUCAGAUGGAUCGCCAGCGGACCCUAUGCAUUGGUCUUUGCGAUGAUUUUCUGCUACCGAAAGCUGAUUCCUGCUAAUGCCGCUCCUCAGACACCUGAACAGUUUGCCAUGACAGACAAAUUCUACAUCUACACAGCUGCCUUUCAGCUCAUGAUAUCUCACUCAGUCUCAUCAAUUAUACCGUGCGCUUGUGGAUGGGUCAUUUCGCAACUGUAUCAAUCCAAUGUCGGCUACAUCAAGCAGUGGCGAUUCCCUUCUGCCUUGAGAUCAUUUGCAUCAAGCUAUAUCCUUCCUAUCCUUUCCACCAAAUCAAAAUCGUCGACUUCUUCGUCCAGAGCCAGCAACAGUCCAUCAAUAGCACGCCCUUCCGGUUCUCGUCAGCGACGCGGUGUAAGCGCUCAAACUUCACGGGUGUCGGAAGAAAAUAUCCGUACCGUUUCUUCCAUGUUUCCGGGCUAUUCGCGAGAAACAAUUAUCAAUGCUAUUGUCUCUGCACGAUACGAUUUAAACCGAGCAGCCGAAAUCUUAUUGACAUCCAACGCCUCUUGAGAAUAAAAUAUACAAAGCCAUGUCAUCAAGCUUGUCUGCCAAGUGCAGAAUCGCUAUACAUGAUCAAUGAACAAACAAACGAUCAUCAGGAUGAUCUCCAAAGAACUUAUAGAAAGAAAAUUGUAAAGCUAGCAACGACAUGUCGAUUGGCAGCGUGUAACUGGUUACUGUGAAAUGAAAAAUAAGAAUAAACCUGAAAAAACCG